CCGUCGUUGGUUCCCACAAUUUUGUGCUCGUCUUCACCAUCAUCAUCACUGCACCAGCAAACGUAUUUUGGAAUCGGAUUCGCUUUAUCCAACCGAUAGAAAGUGACUUUGUCUCUAUCCCAAUACAUUUUUUUUUUUUCUUUUCUUAAAAAGGACACUCACACUACCCCUACUGCUGCUUCAACUUCAAGUACUCUCCCAAUCCUUCUGAUGGCCUCCAACACAUCCGCCAUCAUCGCCUGGGGCUCGGGAGAGGACGGGCAGUUGGGGAUCGGGGACAACGAAGAGAAAGAACGGGUUUGCGCCGUCAAAGCCCUCGACUUUCACUCUGUCCGCUCCGUGGUCGCCGGUAGCCGCAACUCCCUCGCCAUUUGCCACGACGGCAAGUUGUUUACGUGGGGAUGGAACCAGAGAGGGACACUGGGGCACCCACCAGAGACCAAGACUGAGAACAUUCCGAGCCAGGUUAAGGCGCUUAACAAUGCUAAAAUUGUUCAGGCGGCCAUUGGUGGGUGGCACUGUUUGGCUGUUGACGAUGAAGGCCGAGCUUAUGCGUGGGGUGGAAAUGAGUACGGGCAGUGUGGGGAAGAACCGGAGAGGAAAGAUGACACGGGUAGGCCCUUGAGAAGGGAUAUAGUGAUUCCUCAGCGCUGUGCACCAAAGCUUGUAGUUCGUCAGGUGGCUGCAGGAGGAACUCACUCUGUGGUACUUACACGUGACGGGCAUGUAUGGACAUGGGGUCAGCCAUGGCCUCCUGGAGACAUAAAACAGAUCUCUGUUCCUGUUCGAGUUCAAGGUCUUGAAAGUGUGAGGCUCAUUGCAGUUGGGGCAUUUCAUAAUUUGGCUCUCCAAGAGAAUGGAACUUUAUGGGCAUGGGGCAAUAAUGAAUAUGGACAACUUGGAACCGGAGAUACCCAACCAAGAGCACAACCUGUUCAUGUCCUUGGACUUUCUGGUCUUACUUUGGUUGAUAUUGCUGCUGGAGGCUGGCAUUCUACUGCAUUGACUGAUGAAGGAGAGGUUUAUGGAUGGGGAAGAGGUGAGCAUGGGAGGCUGGGAUUUGGAGAUAAUGACAAGAGCAGUAAAAUGUUGCCUCAGAGAGUUCAUCUUCUAGCUGGAGAGAACAUUAUUCAGGUGUCUUGUGGAGGCACGCAUUCUGUCGCUCUCACAUGUGAUGGGCGCAUGUUCUCAUUCGGUCGAGGUGACCAUGGACGUCUUGGAUAUGGUCGGAAGAUGACUACUGGUCAACCAAUGGAAGUGCCCAUAAACAUCCUGCCGCCAAAAAAUGCUGGCAAGGAUGCAGCCGAGAAGUGUUGGAUUGCUAAACUCGUUGCUUGUGGGGGACGCCACACUCUAGCUAUUGUAGAAUGGGAGACUGAUGAAUCUAAACACACAGAUACCGAUAUACCAAUUGUCUAGAAACAAGCGUCAUGAAUUUCAGUCUCUAGAACUUACAACUUUUAAGAUCAACAAACCCACAUAGAAAGAACAAUUUGAUAGAUAAACAGGUGGGUGAUCAGAUUCUAUAAAUCAUCCAUUUAAUGUUUU